AUGGAAUAUUUAAUUUUAGAAGAAAAAUAUAAAAAUCUUUUGAAUAAAUCUAAUUAUGAAAAAACAAUUCUUAAAAAAGAAACAGAAGCUCUUAAAAAAAAAUUAGAGAAUCUAGAAUAUGCUUAUGUGGAAAUAGAAAAUAAAAUAACUGAAAUUCAUAAAGAAAAAGAAAAAUUAGAAGAUAAUGUAAAUAAAAUAAAAAAAGAAAAUUUAAAUUUAAAAGAAGAAAUUUCUGCAUUAAAUGAAAGAAUAGAAGAUUUAAAAGAUUUAUCCAAGACAUAUAGAAAAAUGAUAAAAAGUAGAAAUAAAGAAUUGUUGCAAUCAGAAAUUCUAACAGCAGAAAAUAUUAAUUUAAGAAAUAAUAUAGAAGUUAUAAAUAGUGAAAAAUUAAAUUUAGAAUCAGAAUUAAAAAAAAAAAAAAAAAUUAUAAACAUCAUUAAGGAUAAAUAUAGAAAAAACAUAGGAAGUUUACUAGAUAAAUUCAAAGAAAAGGAUACACACAUUUAUGAGUUUCAAAGAUUUAUUGUUAAGGAAUUAAAUAAUUUAAAAACUGUCAUUUUAAGAGAAAACGAAAAUGUUUAUUGUAAUGAAAAUAAUAAUGAAAGCAUAACAAACAAGAAAUUUAUGAAUAUAAGCAUUCACUUGGAUAUACUAACAAAAAAAUUAGAAGAAAAAAUGGCAAUAUCACAAAUGGAAUAA